UGAGCUCAGCUUGAACGGGCUGUCCGGAAUCAGACGCAACCUUCAGCGUCGAUACUUGAGGGAAUUCUAAAGGAACAGCCUGAAACCCGAUUGCAGAUUAACGAAUGCAAAAGUAGCAAAGAACUGUUUUUAAAGAAAACGGACGUGACAGGAAGGAUUAAUAAAAACGGACAAUGUUUGAGAAUUUCAGAGAGAGGUUGCAUACGGUGCAGCAGGACUUUUCAACAGGGAUAAAGACACUGGGUGACAAAUCAAAAGAAGCCAAAAUCAAAAAGAGGAGAGAUGACAGCCCUCCACAGUUUUCAGCAGGUGUGGAUCUCCUCAACCGGUAUGAAGACAUGUGGGUGACUCUCCACAAAGGAGCAAAUGAGUGUGCUAAAGCCGGAGAGGAGUUGGACAGAGACGUGGUGGUGCUGUCGGCGCAGUGGGAGAAGAGGAGGGCGGUGCUGGCCGAGCUCCAGGAGCAGCUGCGAGAGAUCCCGGCCUUCCUCGCCGACCUGGGCUCCAUCACCUCCCGCAUCGCGCACCUGGAGGCGGACUUCGAGGAGAUGGAGAGUCACCUGAUGCACCUGGAGAACCUGUGCGGCCAGUGUGAACUGCAGCGCGCCAAGCAGUGCCAGGAGGUGCAGCUGGAGAACUACAAGAGGAAGAAGCGGAAAGAGCUGGAAUACCUCAAAGCGGAGCUGGAUUCUGAGCAUGCUCAGAAGGUGCUAGAGAUGGAGCACGCCCAGCAGGUGAAGCUGAAGGAGCGGCAGAAGUUUUUCGAGGAGGCCUUCCAGCAGGACAUGGAGCAGUACCUGUCCACGGGGUACCUGCAGAUCGCCGAGAGGAGAGAGCCUAUAGGGAGCAUGUCGUCAAUGGAGGUAAACGUGGACAUGCUGGAGCAGAUGGACCUCAUGGACAUGUCCGACCAGGAGGCCCUGGACGUCUUCCUCAACUCCGGGGGAGAGGACAACAGCGUGGCCUCGCCGAUGCUGGGCCCGGACGCCGAGUCCUUCCCCACGGAGAUCACCCUGCGGGUGCCCACGCAGGCCGAGCUGCGGCACAAGCUCUCCUCCCUCUCCUCCACCUGCACCGACUCGGCCAGCCAGGAGACGGAGGGCGGGGACGAGCCCGACGACUCGCCCGUGGUGCAGCUGGACGAGGAGGACGUCCAGGCCGACACGGUGCUGGCCACGCUGGCCGAGCGUGAGCCGCCAAAGGACUCCGACGACAGUGACUCGCAGGCCACAUAGAGGGAGGCGGCGAUCGCCCUCACCGCCACAAAAGGACCGUACCCUCUGUUUUAAACAAAAAAAAAACACGCGCUUAGCAUAUGGAAAGCUUGGUGAGGCAUUCUCUGAAGGGUCCCAUGCAAGAGCUGCAAAACAUCUUCACAAGCACUGUGUAAGCAUUCAUAAACACUUAUUCCAGCUGACAUUGGAUAUGCAGUUUCACAAGUGACAGCACCAUGAAAUCUGGAUUUGGUACAUUAUGGUAACAUCACCAGUAAUAGCACACGCCGAGUCCGUUAGCCUGCGCGUUUGUGAACAUUCAUGUGGUGGUUAUGAAGCUGUUGUGUCAUGUUUAAAAAGGCUUGAUAUAUCUCUUAUGUGACGUUGGACCCUCCAGAGAAAGUGUUACCAAAAGUUUUCAAUCACUUGUGUUUUCUGCUGUUGUUCUUUUGUAAAGAAGUUCCCUGUCUUGUAUCUAAAGCCCAACAGUAUUGUGUGGUAAUGCAGCCUCCCCAGAUCUAAAUUUCCCCGCCCCCAUACAAGCUCUUUUUAAGUGAGCAACAGAAGUGAAAAUCUCAUUUGAAAAUUUUGAUGUUAUUGAAUAAUCAAGUCAAUUAUAUCGAGUGCAGUGUUGGAGAAGCGUGUUGGGGUUCCCGAUCGAUACUUUCUGAUUCCACUGCAAAUGUCCCACCGAUGCGUGAUUAGCGUAAUCAGCUGCUGUAAUUUUUGAUGUACUCGUUUUUAAUACUGGAUUUAAUCAUUGUCAUAUGCAGCCUGGACUUCCUGCAGUCGGUGGUGAGAAAUCGUGCAGCUUAUGGCUGUCUGUGGAUAAAGCCUUUUGAUGUGCUGCUUUCUCAACAUCCAGGUCCUUUAAAUUGUUGGCCCAUUUUGUUAGCCGCCUGGACGCAGAGCAGUUAACACGAGGGACAAAUAGUGAGGCUCAGCGAACCCCCAAAUGAGUGGCACUAUCACGCUGUAUCACAGACUCACUGAUCUAAGGCAAGCACAGUGACUUGACACAGUUGUAUGAUUUAUGCAAAUGAGUGAUUGACAGCAGGUGGUAGCUCCACCCACAGCGUGGUUCAUGAAGCCUCACGCUUCCAUAAGUUAUGAUUACAUUCACCCAUAAUAGUUAGAAGUGUUGGAAACAGCAACAUUCUGGACGUGCAGGUUCUUACAGACCAGUAGGAUGGCAGAGGAGACAUUUGUGAGAGCCAACACCAAAUGUCUGCUGGAAAAUCAAAGAGUAAGCAUCAGUAUCUGUAACUGAGCUGUAGGGACGUUUGUACUUCAGCUGAACUUAGCCUUAAAUAACACAUUUAAACAAUUCCCUUUUCUUUUUUGUGCUAACAGUAUUUGCAUAAAUUUCAGACACCGGCAAACAGAUGUUGUGUAUUGAAAAAGGUAACAGCUGCUUAAAUUCUUUAUUCGAGGUUAAGAACAAACUGAAACAGAACUGAAUGUGAAAGCACCUGUUAAGAGAAAUAAGGUGUACUGUGUCAUUCUGGCUCUGGGUUAGAUUUAAUCAGCAUGGUCUUCAUGACCUCGUGUGGUCAAACUGCAGGAACACAGGCAAAGGCAUUCUUACACGAAGAACAGAGGAGGACAAAGAGACAGAUGCUUGGCUUUGAAAAGAACUGACAGUGAAUUGUCUGUAAGUUUUUAUUAAACCUUAAAGUACAAACUCGAAAAGUAAAAAACUGGCAAUAACCAACAUGGACCUUUCCGCCUGGAAGGAAAGGCAGCAAUGCAGAGCCAAUAAAUAAGAUCUCAGACUGUAAGCAAUAGUUUUACUGUAGAAAAAGGAAAACAAAUUCUGAAUAAAAUACACAGUAAGGCCAUAAAAACUUGACAACCACAUUUUUUUUCCUUUUUUUUUUUUUUUUUUCUUUUUUUCUUGAAAACACUCAACUCGGGUUUUCAUUAAAUACUCCUAAAACAGUUCAGUCUUCUGUAAAGGACAACAACCAACAAACUGGAUUAUAGGUGUUCUUGACAGUCACCUGCGGCAAGCUCAGUGCAACGUGAGUAGCUACUACAUUGUUGAAUUUUCAGUAAUGAAAAUGUAAAAACCUUUUUUUCGUGAAUGAAUUUUUCCCUUUUCUUUAAAAAAGUAAAGCUAAAAAAACUAAGGGCCACCGCUACUCCGUAUUUUUUCAGUGAUGUAAGCAGCACUUAUUUAUAAAUGUUACAAGAGCAACCCUGUAGCAUCAAACUCACACAGAUGAAGAAAUAAAAAAGUAAGGCUUUUUCUUCAUCUCUCUCUUCAACCCUAACCAUAACCCUCCCACCCCUCCCCAAAAAAGGCUCAAGUAUUUAAA